AUGAUCAGCCGCCAGGCUCCUUAUGAUGGGCCAUGGACCAAGAGAGCUAGACAGACUGAUGAAUGGCUGAGUCAACACAAAGUGGUCGUAUCAGCAACCACAGCUUCGCUGUUAUCAACCUUCGCGGGAUUCCCCUUAGACUCGCUAAAGUCGAGAUUACAGUCUAGUAGAGAGAAUCUAUCGAUACCCAGGUUAGCUGCUGAGGUAGUGAAAGAGGAAGGUAUAGGCGGUUUAUGGAGAGGAUUCCCGCUACCUCUCAUCACAAUAUCGAUAGUCCGUACGAUAUCAUUCACCAUCUACACGUCAACUAAACGGAUUCUCAACUCGGUACCCUCGACAUCAACUUCCCCUACCACCAAAGAAGGUCAACAACCAUGGGUGGAUCUUAAACUUGGAUUAUUCACAAAAGAUUCAGCAGCAGAUAUCGCUAUCACAAGUUGGUUAGCGGGUGCGGCGAGUGGGUCGGUAGUCUGUGUGGGCUCUGCACCCUUUGAGCUGGUCAAGGUCCGUCGUCAACUGGAAUACCAGAUCUAUCGAGACUCCCACCCCGAAAUAUUCCGUCCUAACCCCCCUCCAUCAGCAGGAGCGUCCCUACCUACCAACCCCACACCCGCACCGAAACCUCCGGCAUUCGUCCCUCCCACAACUAUCCAAGCUGUUAAGCUCAUCAUCAACUCAUCGGGUUAUAGGGGUCUAUAUAUAGGAUGGAGAUUACAUUUCAUCCGUGAUACACUUGGUACAGCAUUGUAUUUCGCUGAAUACGAUGUCAUGCGUUAUUAUCUUGGUCGAUCUAAAUCCACUUACCGCCCAGGUCAAGGAGAAGGGGAUAUAGGAAGUGGAGCGAAAGCUGAGAUUCAAGGUGAUGUGCCGAAUUGGGCUAAAGGUUUUUUACCCAAGAGUAUGAUACCGUUUUUAUGUGGGAGUUUGGCGGGGGUUAGUAGUUGGGCGUUGAUCUAUCCCGUCGACACGAAAGCCCAACAAAGAGGAUUGUCGGGUCUCGAACCUCGUACUCCAUGGGUCCAACUGAAAAGAUUAGUAAGAGGUACGAAUAAGGACAACCCGAAACCUUGGUUGAUGGGUAUCGCGAGAUUGUAUAGAGGCCUCGGUGUAUCAAUGAUACGGUCCAUGCUCACUCACGGAUUGCUAUGGACGAUAGUGGAUGCAGCGGGUAAUUGGAUCGAAACGAAACCUUUUGAGAGGUUGGCCAUCAAGACUAUGGGUGAAUUGAAAUAG